AUGGCGCUCAAAUACUUGCAGGCCAGCAACGCCAUCCUGGACUCGCCCCUGUACGCCAAGCACCACAUGCUGGUCGGGGUCGCCCCCAUCGCAACAGCAUCGCCCCCUGUGCAGGCUCCCACGCGGCCCCUGCCAGCCCCAGCCCCUCGCCCAGCCCCGCAGCAACAAGCGGCGAGGCAGUCGCCGCCCCACAGCAGGGAGCCUCAGGUGCUCAAGCCGGGGCCCAGGCUGGGGCUGGUGCCAGCACUGGGGCUCAGGCUGGGGCUGGUGCCAGUGUUCAGGCCGGGGCUGGCGCGGGCGCUGAGGCAGGCGCCGCCGCAGGCGCCCAGGCCGGGGCUGGCGCGGGCGCCCAGGCAGGUGCUGGUGCGGGCGCCCAGGCCGGGGCUGGUGCUGGGGCCCAGGCAGGCGCGGGUGCGGGUGCUCAGGCCGGCGCCGGCGCAGGCGCUCAAGCCGGGGCUGGUGCUGGGGCCCAGGCUGGGGCUGGCGCCGGUGCUCAGGCUGGGGCUCAGGCGCAAGUUCUGCCAAGGAUUCGCCGUCCCCAUCCCCAUCCCCUUCGCCGUCCCCGUCCCCGUCCCCGUCCCCAUCGCCAUCGCCAUCGCCAUCGCCAUCGCCGUCGCCGUCGCCGUCGCCGUCGCCGUCGCCGUCGCCGUCGCCGUCGCCGUCGCCGUCGCCGUCGCCAUCGCCAUCGCCGUCGCCAUUGCCUAG